CUUAAGAAUAUCAGAAGUUCUCCGAGCGUGAUAUGUGUAGUGUGCAGUGUGCAGUGCAGGCGGUUUGUAUGCGUGAGAUCAUCUCCAGACGAUAACCCAAAAACGGAGAUAACGGAUUAAUCAUCCAGUCUCGUCCCAACCUUCCUUGAACCUUCACACCUCCUGAUCCUCUUUGUUGGAGAUAGUUCCCUGUGAACCUAGACUCCACAGCCUUGCGAGCUAGUGCCAAAGGAUUCAGUCGUCUAUCUCACCCACAGGCGGGACGUCGUUCACCCCUCCACCUUCCACAAGCUUCGCACAUCGCCCCAUCACAUCGCAUCGACAUUCAGCUGAAUUUGAGCGACCUGAAUCACACCAAGGUCGCACAGAUUGCUUGCGACUUUCGAAAUCAACGUUGGAGCUCUGUGGUUCGGGUCUGGUGCGGUUGCCUAACGAUACGCCAAACCCUCAGACAUCGGUGCUCAAAACACUGUCAUUCUGGACCUAGAAGUCUUGAAUACCACACCGGCUCUGUUCACUGUGAGCUUGAAGCAGAGAAAAGCCUAUUGCGACGAUCGCGCGGAAGGACUGCGCUGAUUCAGUGCGUUGCGCGACUGCGACUGCGUCUGAGAGAACCCCGCCAAAUAGCACGGCUCACAGCGCAUAGCUUGACUGGGAUUCAAUUCCCACCAUCUCACCGCCUCUUGCGAACCUAUUUCAAACUGAUAUCCAACCCAUACGAGAAUAUGCCCUUUUCCACCAAAAUGACACCAACACCCCCUUCUACAAACUCGUCAAGUGCAGGCCACUCUCCUGAUUACAGAGUCGUCCGGAAACGAAACCGGGUACCUUUGUCAUGUGGUCCAUGCCGACACAGAAAGCUGAAAUGCAAUCGUUCCAUCCCGUGCGAAAACUGUGUCAAACGAGGCGACGCCGCCUCAUGUAACUACGCGCAAGCAAGUUCCCGAAAGAAGAAUUCGCCCCAGCAGCCCUCGUCGAACUCGCCGGAUGAUAUGCAGAAUCGCAUCGAUCGGUUAGAAGGGUUGGUGCUUUCGUUGAUGACAAAUGGAUCCCAGUCUGCUGGUCCGGCGGCUGCUCUAGCUGCUAUUUCUGGAGAAAGCAGUGCUGGAUCGACCGGCCCCUCCCAUGAUCUCGAUAUCGACGAGGAUGGUAUGGGCCCCGAAGAGAGCGACACUGAACAGGUGACCAAAUCGUUCGGUAUCAUGAAGAUGGACAAUAACAAGACCUAUUACAUGGGGAACGCUCACUGGGCUUCUAUAUUGAAUGAUAUCUCCGAGGUGCGGAAUUUCUUCGCAACACACAAGAAGCAGUUUGAAGAGCAAUUUGAAAAGGUCAAGGCAUCUCAACCGCCCACUGAUGUACCUGGGUCGACUUUGUUAUUCGGUGUCAUGAAGCCGAUGAGCCGUGGCGAGAUCAUGUCUGCAUUGCCCUCCAAAUACACCACUGAUCUCCUUGUGACUCGCUAUUUCAACUGCUAUGACCCUGCAACACAUAUCCUUCACGGGCCCACAUUUCAAGCACAGUACAAUAAACAUUGGGAAGAUCCUUCUCAGACAGAACUUGUCUGGAUUGCCAUGCUCUUUGCAAUGAUGAGACUAGCAAUGCUAUCCUACUACAGCGAAGGCGACGAACCGCCUGAGUUCCGAGGUAAAUCUAUGGACAUGGCAGGAGGAUUCCGAAAUUCCGUGGCACAAUGUCUAACCUUGGCCGACUACACAAAACCCCAUCCGUAUCUGAUUGAAGCACUUGUAUUUCAUCUCCAUGGUGACUUUUCACAGCAUCGGGAGACUGACGUCUCAAUUUGGGUACUGGCUGGCGUCAUUACCCGCUUGGCAAUGCGAUCUGGAUACCACCGCGACUCCAAAAUGUUCCCGAACAUUACCCCUUUCCAGGGUGAGAUACGACGGCGAGUAUGGAGUUUUGUGCGUCAAGCCGACCUGUUAUUCUCUUUCCAGGUUGGGCUGCCAAGCAUGAUCCGCUCCACUGAUAGUGACACCGAACUACCAAGCAAUUUGUACGAUGAUGACUUUGACGAAGACUGCAAGGAGCUCCCGCCAUCCCGUCCGUUGAGCGAACCCACACCAAUCUCGUACCUGAUUGCCAAGGCACGUUUAUCGUAUGCCUUUGGCCGUGUCAUUGAGCAGAGCUCUGCUAUUUCGAACACCUCAUAUGAAAAUGUGAUGGAAGUUGACGCGGAGCUUCGACAGGCAAGAGACCUGAUUCCUCCCCACCUGAAAAUCAGACCUAUGGAGGAAUGCCAGCUGGAUCCUUGUAACCUUAUUAUGUCGCGAUUUGCCGUCAAGGCUGUAUAUGACAAAGCACAAUGUGUGCUUCAUCGACCGUAUUUGGCCCGUGCGAGAGAAAAUCCUCGUUUCACGUAUUCCCGAAGAACGUGUAUCGACUCAGCAAUGGACCUCUUGGAAGUCCAAGCGCUCCUGCACGCAGAACUACGCAAAGGACGUCUUCCCACUCGUCAGAGUAAAAUCACUUCUCUAAGUUCGACCGACUUCCUACUCUCAGCGACAGUCGUCUCUCUCGAUCUGUACCAAGGCUUGCAAUUGCAGAUGUCAGGACGGCCAUCGGGAGACACGUACACCUGGGGCCGGGAGCGGCGCGAAGAGAUGAUGGCGGCCCUUCAGCGCUCGAAAGAGAUCUGGGAUGAAAUGCGAGACGAGAGCAUGGAAGCCUACAAGGCAUCCAGCGUUCUUGGUGUGAUGCUCAGCAAAUUGGCCAUGGCGGCCCCUACCCUUGAGAACAGCGCUGGUGCCGCUACAUUUGAGCCCCAAGAUGAGAAGCAGAAUGCCGCGAUGACUCUUGGCUUGCUGAGCAGCGGAAUGAGUCCAAUGAACCCGGGCCCGCCUCCAUUCUCUGAUCCCAUGUUCAAAAUGGGAGACUCGCCAAUGCCAGCAGGCGUAGGCACUUCGGCCGAAAUGCCAAGUGGUUCACUCUCGCCAUUUAGUAGCAUGUUCGGUCAAAUGCCGGACAUGCAAGUUAAUCUUGACUGGGACGCCUGGGACACAUACCUCCAAAACCCAACCCUCGACUCGUCAAAUCAAUUCUGGCCCAUGAUGGAUGCCCAACGACAACCAACGCCUCAAUCUGGAGGCAUGUCACAGCCUUCGGUAUCAAGUCCUCUCGCAUCCACCCGGGUACCGUCAAUGUCAAGCAGCGGAACUGCUGCCGGCAUGCAACGACUACCGACAAUGUUUACACCCCCAUCUAAUAGUUCUGACAGCGGAGGUGCGCCGAUGUCUGGGCAUUGCUUCCGCCGGGCCGUUUCUCGACUUCAAUUGUCGCCAGCUACCCCCAUCUCCUCCAUUACCCCCGGCACAGUAUCGCGAUCCAAAUGUAUCCCCUCAACGUCGAUGUUCGCCGCCGCGCGGUUCGCCAACGCCACGCAGAUGAGAUGGAACUCCCAGGGUGUGCCAAUCCGCUACACUAAGCCGAGGACCUUUGACGAGCGAGGCACCCCAGCUGCUAGGCAGCCAAGAAGUAAUUACAUGAGGGAAGAUCCGUCGCCAAAGACUACGGUCUACGUUGGAAACCUGUUCUUCGACGUGACUGCCGAAGAUCUGCGCCAGCAAUUUGAACAAUUCGGUGUGGUGGAGAACGCAGUUAUCGUGCAUGAUUCCCGAGGAUUGAGCAAAGGCUUCGGUUAUGUAACCUACAGUACCACUGAGGAAGCCGGCAAGGCCAUCAUGGAAGCAGAUGCUUCUGUCAUCGAGGGCCGCGAGGUCACUGUGCAAUACGCAAAUACCGUUUACCGCGCUAAGAGUGAAGAAAACCCGUCCAAGUGUCUCUACAUCGGCAACAUUCCUUACGAAUUGACGGACCUGGAUCUGCAGGCCCUGUUUGAGGAUAUCCAGGGCGUGGAGGAUAUCCGUAUUCCCGUUGACCGUCGCACAGGCUUGCCGCGUGGGUUUGCCCAUGUUGAUUUCCUUGACCAGUGGAGCGCCACUGAUGGCAAGGAGAAGCUGUCUCGCAGAGCGCCGUAUGGUCGCAAGUUGAGAGUCAGCUAUGCCAGACGCAAGAUUAUGAACCCGGAAUCGCAUGAGCGUCACCAGAUGAAGAAGUUGGAGAAGAAGGAGAAAGAGAUGGAGAGAGAGAAGAACAAACGUCUUGCAGCUGCCCAGCCAGCUGGUGAGGUUGUUUCGGAGGAGUGAACUUGGAGCAGGUCAACCUAAGAGGAAUGUUUGAGAAAACGGUGACGUUGUCCAUGUGAGCUUUAAUGUAAAUAGCGCUCUGUAACUUUGUAUAAUAGACCCAAAAUGGCAACUGCAUGCAUUUCUAAUCUCUCACGUGACCGACCGGGGAAC